AACCGCAAUAAUCUCGUGGGGAUGAGUAUAUACUGGCGAUUGCGGGCAUUCGUUCUCGCAAACGUGCUUUACGCCGCCCCGCGUGUCGCGUCUCUGUCGCGCUGUUAACGUAAUUCGCGUCCCGCUCGGAGAGCUCUCCACGCGCUUGCGGAUCGCGAUUUUGCUGUUCACCGCGCGUACAAUACGAUCCAACGUUUCUCUGGAACGUAUCGCGGGAUCGAUCGAUCGCGAUCUGCGCGAGCUACGUUUUCUGUUUGAACGAGGAUUCGUUACCGACUUACGUGCGGAUCACCGCGCGAAUGAUAUCGUCUCGCAGGCUGAGCCGCAAUUCCGGCUGUUCCGCGAUAACGCGAUCGAGCCCUGGUGCGGCGGCUCCGUAGACACGUGUGCUAUCGUCGGGCAAGAGUCGCGCUUGGACCGCAACAGUGAAGAUGCAACGGCGCGUAACUGAGAGUUGAGUUAUUAAAAACACACGGUUUCGUACGCAGCAAUGAUACCUUGUACGCGUCGAAUCGUACCGCGCGCGCCGUGCUGCGAGAGGAUGCUUCGGUCGGCAGGUCCUCGAGAUUUGCCGCGCGAUGAUUAAACGGCAGGCGUUGAUCGAGGAAGGCUCAAGCGCACUGCGAAACGACGAGCGAAGUGAAGUCGCGCACCGCCAGAAACGCGUAAUCCUCGAUUACGAUCCAGAUUCCGAGCGCGUCGACUUCUAUCCCGACAAAUAGUGAUUUCGUCGGCAAAAGCAAGCUCGCGCGUGGUUGGAUUCUCGUGACGAGAGUCGCGUCUAUUCGCGGUCCGUGCUCCGUGACCGAGCGGGUCACGUGACGGCUCCCCGGCACCUCGAUGUCGUGUUCGCGACGUAAUUUCGCCGGCGCUCCGAGGUCACGUGAGUGACGAGAUCACCUGGUGUUCCGUAAACCGCACGGUGAAACUUGCCGCCGUAAAUGCAUCGUUGCCCUCUCACCACGUGGACUAUUCCCGCACCGUGGUCUUUUGGAACACCCUCGAGCUAAAUAUACGCGCAGUCACGGAAUAAGACACAUAUGUGUAUAUAACACACACGCAUAAUAAAUAUACACGCAUGCACACAAAUAUCGUACACAUAUACACACAUUUCUACUCUCUAUCUCUUUCUCGCGUGUCGUUGCGACCGCGUGUAUUAACGAGUGUCGCGCCGUGCGGUUUUCCGCAGUUUUUGCGAACAACAGUGCGCGCGUGCGAGUCCGUGCGUGUGUAUCACGCGGUGAUUAUUGGUUUUUCUACGCGACGAAGAUGGAGGACACAAUGAGCCCAAGAAAUUCGUCGGGGAUCGUGAGCCUGUCCGGCUUCAUGCUGCUGUUCGGCUCGCUGAUCGCCGGUGGAAUCAUCCUCGUGAUCAGCUACGUCGUCAGCCGGUUGUUCCGAUCCCGUCGGUCACAGGGUUUGCCGAAAAGUAAAGAAUCCUCGAGGAAGGAGCAGAAUCAUGAAGUCCCCGUGCCUCAACAAGGUGGUAAAAAAUUGAAGAAUAGGAAACGUCGCGAGCCUCAGCAAAAAUUCACGCACUCCUGGCUCGUUGGUUCGUUGAGGGGUCACACCGACAGCGUGCUUGAUUUGCAUUUCUCCACGAAUGGCAAAUACGUCGGGACUUGUGCCGAAGAUUGGUGGUUAUCGUGGCUAGAUCUCCCUGCAAUCAACCCGUCGCUAGAUACUCGAUGUUGUCCGGAAAUACCUUUACGUUAUCGUCGCCCUCCAACCGAAGAGAACGUGCGGGAUCGAUUGAAAUGUAGCAAUUUAGCCAUAUCGCAAAUGUUGGCACGUUAUAUUUUGACGCCGGAGCAGCUGUCUUCGAUUGGCUAUCCCGUGCAAUGCGGCACUGCAGUUUGUCCGCAAUACAGCAUGUUAAACGCAGUGGUCAAUCAUGUGCCGUAUCCGAGUAACAACCCCCAGGAUAAGGAACCGAUGUUUGCGGAUAACUGUUAUUGCACGUACAAUUACGCGGGAACCCAUUGCUUCAGCACGUCCUACAAGAGGCUCAAAUGCGCGAGAUGUGCCCAAAUAUUCUAUCUCACUCAAACUAACGAGUACAUGUGGAAAGAUGAAUGCGUUUAUCACUGGGGCAAGUUCAUCGAAAAGACGAUUGAUGGCUGCCCAGUCGGAGUGAAAAUUUGGUCGUGCUGCGAAGGAGAUGCUACAAGUCCCGGUUGCAGCAUGGCGAAGUGGCACGUAUGGACCGGCGUAAUGCCCGGAUAUAACCCUCUUCGGGGUUUUAUGAGGAGUAAGAAGCCCAAGAUUCAUCCGCGUGACGGCUUCUACGGUAUAUAUGGACUCGACUGCGAAAUGUGCUUCACACGGAAUGGCCUCGAGAUCAUUCAGAUCGCCAUCGUCGACAUGAAUGGCACCGCUAUAUACCACUCAUACGUCAAACCGGAAGCAGAAGUUCUUGAUUAUAACACGAGAUUCAGCGGCAUCACGGCGGGCGAUUUGCAGGGCGUCGAGAAAACUCUCAGUGACGUGCACAGGGAUAUAGCGGCUUUCAUUCAUGAGGAUACGAUCUUAAUCGGUCAUAGUCUGGAGAACGAUCUUAGGGCCUUGCGCUUGUUGCAUAAGCACUGCAUCGACACCAGCAUUGUGUUUCCGCAUUACUAUGGCUAUCCCUACCGUAACAGCCUCAAGUAUUUGGCGAGGAGGGUGCUCAACCGAGAUAUUCAGGAGAAGAUACACGACCCUGCGGAGGAUGCCCGGACAGCCCUAGAUCUGAUGAUGAUAAAACUGCACAGUGACAGUUCUUCUCUCUGAGUAAUUAGCUUUAAGUACAAAGGAACUGUGUGAUAGGGAAGUUACGUGUCAGCCGUACCGCGGUGCUUACGAUUAAAAUUUGUGCAAAGGACUUUAAAAGAACCGCGGUCGCGACUGUGCUUUCUUCCUGUCUCGGUGUUGAGCUGGCCGGAUGAUGAAUCUGUGAUAAUUGUAUAAACUAUAAUAAAACGGUAUAUUGUGUUCCUGAGGUACGUCUCCUCCGUACGCACGCAUACAAUGAACGUUCGUAGAUUACUUGCAAUUGACAUACAUCAUAGGGAGGUGCAUUUCGACGGACGGCGGACGAACAUUUUUCUCAUGUUAUUGGAGACUGUAUUCAAUUGGUCUUACAUUGAAAUAGCGACAUUUUAAAACGCCGAUUUUAUUUUUGUACUAGACGACGAUCAGUUGAUCCAUCCCGUACACUUAGAAAACUAUGUUCGACCGGUUGUAAAUGGCGGCCCGUCAAAUUUCCCCUCUCUGAUGUGCAGACUUCUGUAGCCGUCGUAUGUUUUUAUACAUUACGCAUAUGUAUGUACUAUCACAAGCGUUUUAUACAUUGCGUAUAUCACGACGUUUUUAUGUAUCGCAAUUUUGUACUUGUAACUGUAUACAAUAAAAAAAUAUAGAUUAUAUUUAUA